AUGAUGCUCGAUCAACCCACCCAAGAUCUGCAGCUGGAGAUCUCCCAGCUGGAGGCGCGUCUGCACGAUCUCCGCAGCCAACUAGACGUGACCUCUCUUCCCACACCACCAUCCUCCUACUCAGACAACAAGACCCAAUGGUCUGCCCCUUCAGACAUGUAUAAUAAUAAAUUCCAAUCGGAGGACGUCCGAUCAUCCCUCCACGCUCUCCUCCUCCUCUCCGACUCUGCCCUCCCAUUAGGCUCCUUUGCAUACUCCAGCGGGCUGGAGUCAUACCUCGCACAUAAUAAGCCUCUUCGCACAAACCCGUCCGCCUCAUUCCACCGCUUCCUUAAACUCUCUAUUGCAUCUAUUGCCAGCACAUCUCUCCCCUACGUGCUAGCAGGUUACCGCCACCCAGAAACCCUCGACACACUUGAUAAUGACCUCGACGCCUCCACACCUUGCAUUGUAGCGCAGCGCGCCAGUGUAGCCCAAGGCCGUGCCUUGAUUGGUGUGUGGGAGCGUUCAUUCCGGGGUAGCUUCGCUGCUCCAACACGGAACACCGAUACCGGCGCACAGGUCGCUGUGACAUCCAUUGAGGAAUUCUCGGACUCAUUAAAAGCAACACUGGGCGAGGAAGAUGAAUAUGAUAUGGGUCCCAAGGGCCAUUUCGCUCCACUCUGGGGUGUUGUCUGCCGGGCUAUGGGCCUGGAUCUGCAACAGACUGCUUAUAUCUUUAUUUUGAACCAUGCCAAGGCGGUUCUUAGUGCCGCUGUGCGAGCAUCAGUCAUGGGACCUUACCAGGCCCAGAACAUUCUGGCAAGCCAGAGCUUGCAACAGACUAUGAUGGCACGCAUUAAGCGGGAGUGGAACACCCAGGUCGAAGAAGCUGGGCAGGUAGUGCCGGCACUGGACCUGUGGGUGGGGAGACAUGAACUUCUAUACAGUCGUAUCUUUAACUCAUAA